AGGGGGUAGAGGGGGAGUGAGGAGGAGGAGGAGGAGGGGGGAGCGAUGAUCGAGGGGGUCGACCCGGUGCUGCAGAGUCUGCUGGGCACCCUGUUCACGUGGGGACUCACGGCAGCCGGAGCAGCACUCGUCUUCCUGCUGCCGGGGAGAGGCACGGGAAAGGUUCUGGAUGGAAGUCUCGGUUUUGCCGCUGGGGUGAUGAUGGCGGCCUCCUACUGGUCCCUGCUGGCCCCCGCUAUCGAGCUGGCUGCCGAGGGCGGGGGGCUGCUGGCGCCCCUCCCCUUCGUCCCGGCCGCGAUCGGAUUCCUCGCCGGCGCCGCCUUCGUCCACGCGGCCGAUCGGUGCCUCCCGGCGGCGGACGCGGCCCAGGCGGUGGCCGUGCCGAUGGACGGCGCCAAGAAGCGCGACGACCCCCACGGCGAGGGCCUCCCCACGCUGCACGGCAGCCUCACAGCCGUGCACAUCGAGCGGGACAAGUCUGACAAUGGAGAGGUGUUCCAAAGGAGGAGGCCGGGCGCCGUCGCCGGUGGCGGAAUGGGAGUGGGAGGGGGAGGAGGGGGGGGAGGAGGGGGGGGCUGGGGGGGAUCGGACGCGGCGAUCACCGGACCCGCCACUCUCGCUCCGGAGAGCCGGCGAGCCGAGAGCUGGCGCAGGAUACUCCUCCUGAUCCUCGCCAUCACCAUCCACAACAUCCCAGAGGGCCUUGCUGUCGGCGUGGGCUUUGGAGCCAUCGGCAAGACGAAGUCGGCCACGUUUGAGAACGCGCGGAAUCUGGCGAUCGGAAUCGGCAUCCAGAACUUCCCGGAAGGCCUCGCGGUCAGCCUGCCGCUGAGGGGGGCGGGCGUGCCCCCGUGGAAAGCGUUCUGGUACGGGCAGCUGAGCGGGAUGGUGGAGCCCGUGGCGGGGGUGCUGGGCGCCGUCGCCGUCAUGGUGGCCGAGCCGCUGCUGCCCUUCGCACUCGCCUUCGCCGCGGGGGCCAUGGUCUACGUCGUGGUGGAUGACAUCAUCCCCGAGGCCCACGCCGGCGGCAACGGCAAGCUGGCGUCGUGGUCGGCCAUCGUGGGCUUCGUGGUGAUGAUGUGUCUGGACGUUGGGCUGGGCUGAGGGGCCAGGACGGGAUACCCACGGCGCACAACGACACACGUCACACCACGACACACAACACGACACACGACACACCACGACACACACACCACACCACGACACACGUCACACCACGACACACGUCACACCACGACACACACCACGACACACACCACACCACGACACACAACACACCACGACACACAACACACCACGACACACGACACACCACAAUACACACCACGACACACGACACACCACGACACACGUCACACCACAACACACCACGACACGCAACACACACGUCACACCACGACACACAACACACCACGACACACGUCACACCACGACACACAACACACCACGACACACGUCACACCACGACACACAACACACCACGACACGUCACACCACGACACACACCACACACGUCACACCACGACACACAACACACCACGACACACGUCACACCACGACACACCACGACACGCAACAUACCACGACACACAACACACCAUGACACACACCACGACACACGUCACACCACGACACACAACACACCACGACACACGUCACACCACGACACACACCACGACACACACCACACACGUCACACGUCACACCACGACACACGUCACACCACGACACACCACGACACACAACACACCACGACACACGUCACACCACGACACACCACGACACGCAACAUACCACGACACACAACACACCAUGACACACACCACGACACACGUCACACCACGACACACCACGACACGCAACAUACCACGACACACAACACACCAUGAC